AUGCAAGGCAGAUGGCACAGCUGCAUAAGGCCGAGAAUCCAAUGUAAGUAACUAUAUAUGCCAACUUGAUCAGUAGGAAAUGGGGACUAUUCUUUUGAUUUUGAGCAAUAUCAACCCAAUGCAAACAGACGAUGGAAAGAAAAGGUCUUCUUGUUCUUAUGCCAAUUUUGCGAACCGAAAUGGCUUUGGCUAGUUUUGUUCAGAUUGUCUGUGGCAUAAUCCUUGCCUUCUUCCCGUCACAGGUUUUGUCCCUCACAGCCAAGCAAGCCGCACAAGACAUCUGCUCUCAAUUUAACACGCAAUAUCCCAACAUCACUUUCCUGCCGUUGAAAUCACAGUACGAGUCUGGAUGCACGGAAAACUGGUCUGAAACUGCAUGGGGCAAGCCUACCUGCAUAGUAAAGCCUAGAGGCACCAAUCUCCUCCAGGAGCUUGUUCGUACUCUGUCUUCUCAGAGUAUCUAUUAUGCUAUUCGCUCAGGAGGACAUUCGCCUUCCCCAUUGGCGGCAAACAUUGAUACGGGUGUCUUGAUCGACCUGUCCGCGUUGAACCAAAUCGUCUACCAUGCUGAUCGAGGUGUAGUUGAAGUUGGAACGGGGCUGAAAUGGAGCCAUGUUUAUGCGUAUCUCGAUGGAUAUAAUGUUACCGUGGUUGGUGGCAGAGACCUCGAUGUCGGCGUGGGAGGUCUCAUUUUGGGGGGAGGGCUCUCUUACCUUUCAAAUCUCUAUGGCCUGGUCUGCGACAAUGUAGCCAGUUAUCAAAUUAUCCUAGCCAACGGGUCACUCAUCGACGCCAACUCAACAUCCCACACAGACCUCUUUUGGGCCCUCAAAGGCGGUGCAAAUAAUUUCGGAAUUGUGACGGCAUUCACUCUAUAUACAUACCCAAUUCACAUGGUAUGGGGCGGCGUCAAGCAGUACUCAUUGGACCAGCUCCCACGACUUCUCGCUGCAGCGUACGAGUUCCAGUAUAGCGGCAUCACAGACCCGUAUGCAAAUUUCAUGUUACAAGCCUUCACCACGAAUAAAACAGUCGGUGCCGUCUUGAACAUGGUCUAUCUCAAACCGGAGAAAGAGCCGGCUGCCUUUGCGCCCUUUGCCUCGAUCUCGACCCUGGAAGAUACCACCAAGGUCCAAACACUCACGCAGAUGAUCAGCGGGCAAAUGGUUCCGCCUAUUCCUCGAUGGGACUGGUUCGCAACAAGGUUCACACCAAGCUCAUCCCUCUACCGAGAUAUCUCAGAGAUGGUGAUGUCAGCCCCGGAGGUGAGGACAAUUCAAGCCGUCGAGUCUGGAACUUUAGCAUUGGGCUUUCAGCCCAUUUCAUCCAGUGCCAUAACUGCAGGACAAGCUCACGGUGGAAAUGCACUCGGCCUGCGAAAGGAGACGCAAACCUGGUUCGUGUUGGAUGUAGGCUGGUACCAACCCGCCGACGACGCUACAGUACACAAUGCGACACGAUCAUUGUCAGAUGCGAUUAUGGCACAGGCACAGAUUAGAGGCGUUCAUGUGCCAUAUAUAUUUAUGAAUGAUGCGAGUUGGGAUCAGAAUGUCAUUGGGCACUAUGGAACUGAAAGUGUGGAGCGGCUGAAGAAGGUGCAGAGACAGUACGACCCGGAGCUCAUCUUUCAGAGGCUUGUACCAGGGGGCUUCAAGCUGCCUUGAUCGACAUGCAAAAAACUUUUGGAACAGAAUAUAAAGCUGCGAGUGUUGUUCUAGAACUUUUUACGAAGGGUCCGUAUACAAGACAGAAUAGGACUUCAAAUUAGGAGACAGAUACAAACGAAUCAGAAUGAGAUAAAAGAAAUCCAGUGACAUCCUCUGUCAAAGUGAGCCAGUGAAUGAUGAAUUAAAUAAAUAAUAUCAGCGUCCGGUAUUAUUAUCAAUCUG